GGACUUAUCAAACAAUAACUUCGUGGGUCCGAUACCAGAUUUUCUGUCAGGAUUGUCAUCCCUUCGCAUGCUAAAUUUAUCAAACAACCAACUCGAUGGGUUGAUCCCAAUGGAUCUCCGUCAAAAGCAAGAAAAUGGCUUGCUAGAGUUAAGGACGAAAAAUAACCCGGGUCUGUGCACCAACGGGAACGAAUGCGUAGAUGAUCGUGGAAAAAAGAAGACGCUUGCUACUGCAGUCAUUGUCGUCAUUGCAGUGAUUCUGGCUUCACUAAUUCUAUUGGCGAUCAUAGUGGUGGUGGUACGGCGCCAAAGGAGGAGAAAAACACCAACCCCACCACGUGAGUUAGUAGUCAAAGAAAAAAGUCUGAACUAUGUAGCUUAUAUAAUUGGAUGCAAAUUAAUGAUAUAAGGGGCAUUUGGUAUGAGGUGAUCCACCUAAGAUCAAAAAUGAUGUGGGCG